GCCCGGAGGAUGUGUUGCACAUGCGCGCUGCAGCUCGGACCGAGUGAAGCGCGCUAAUGGCGGAGAAUGUUCGGUCGCCGUUUGACUACCGGGAGCCGCCGACCCUGGACAGCGACGGGGACGGGAGCAAGCCUCCGCCGCGAGGGCGAGUGUGUGGGAGGAAGAGGAAAGGGACGCCGGUGAAGGUGUGUGACCGGGCGUAUGUGACAGAAGAUGAGGAGGAGGAGAGCAUGUCAGAGCACAGCUAUAGCCCAGGUGAGGGUCAGUACCCAGAGGGGGGCGAGAACCGCCUCCCCCCACCUGGCAGCCCUUACUACCUGCCAGACCCUGCCCAGCUCUGUGUGCCAGAGCUGGGUGAGGAGGGGGCGAGUGGCGUCCGGGGGCCGGUCCUCUUCCACCCCCCCCCAAACUGCCGCAUCAGAGAGGUGCAUUGUGGGACGCAGGUGAGACUGGUCGUCAUAGCGAUCCGAGACAUUGCCAAGGGAGAAGAGAUCACGGUGGACUACAGCCUGACGGACUGGGGGGAGAACGCCAUGGAGGAAGAGGCGGGCCCUCACCCUCUGUCCCUCUCUGUCUCUGAUUACCUCACCCCCUCCUGGUCCCUGUCCCCCUCGUCCUCCCCGCUCACCCACUCUGAGCCCAGCGACUCGGAUCGCGAGGAGGACGAGGAGGAAGAAGAGGACGACGAUGACGACGAUGAUGAAGAUGAGGAAAUGGAGGAGAUGAGGGGCCGGAUGCUUCGCCGGCGUAAGAAACGCAAGCUCACCGAGGAGGUGACGACGAAGAAAAAGAGCGAGCCCCCCUGCUCUUCCUUCAACCACCCUCCGCCCUCCACCCCCACUUCCAGAACCCAGGCCCCCGCCCUGGUCCCCCCCACUACCAACAUCAACAACAACAUCAACAUCAACAUUGGCGGCUCUGGAGGGGGGGCUCUGAGCCGGCGGCAACACUGCCCGUAUUGCGGCCGCCACUACCGCUCGCUGGCGCGCCACCUGGAGAAGCACCAUGCAUCGCAGCCCGAGGUGCGUGCGGCCAUGGAGCUGGCCCAGCUGCACUCGCAGCGCUCUAACGGUGGAGCAGCACACCCCUCCUCUUCCUCCUCCUCACACUCCUUUGCAGUCCCACAGCCCGCAGCCUCCAGCCCUCCCCCACCUCUCUUCUCCAGGGAGAGGGACUCGCCGGCGACCCGCUCCAACCCCGGCGGCGUCUCCUUCUCUCUCUCGCUGUCCCCAUCCCCUUCUGCUACGCCCACAGCCACCAAGAAGCCGCCCAGCGUACUGCGGCCCGGAACCAAGCGCCCCGCCCCCCCUCCGGCAACACGAGUCAAGACCCCAUCACCUCCCCCGCCUGCUCCCAGGAGGGGGAGGAGGAUGAAGAGGGAAAAGAAUGAAGAGCAACCGAAGGUGGAGGUGGAGAGCUCAAAGAGUCAGGAGGAGCUGGCUCCACCUCCGACCCCCGAGCCCAACAUAGAUCCGGAAGAGGACCUGGAUCUGAGUGGAGACGCAGCGGAGGAGAAGAACGGAGCGCUGAUGAGCCAGCAGAGACACCACAUGUCCCCGCUGCUGUCUUCCCUCUCCACCCUGGUGGUGUACCUCCGCCGGCAGCAGCACUCCUCCUUUCUCUCCCUCUCCCGCUCCCCCCACUCCGCGGAGGCCUGGCGCCUCCUCUGCCACUCCAGCCUGUCGCUGCUAAUCCUCUACAACCGCCACCGUGAGUGUGAGGUGGCCAAGCUCACCGUGCAGGACUACUGCAGUCGCACCACCCCCCCGCCCGGCCCCACCUCUCCCUCCGGCAUGGAGGCCCUGCUUUCUCCCUUUGAGCGCAAUGUGCUGUGCCAGCUUCCGCGGGCGGGGGUCCUGGGGAAGCGAGGGCGCCUGCAGCCGCUGAUCCUGCCACCGCACUGCGAGUCCUGCCUGGACCUGCUGCUGCAGACCAGCCCCGGGGUGGGGGUGGACCCCGACAGCCCCUACGUCUUCUCCCGGCCGUACCACUCCCCCGCCACCCCGCUGCGGGGCACAGACCUUCUGAGGAACCUGGCCCGGUCCAGCGGGGCCAAGAACGCUGGGACGCUGACGGGCACGCGUGUGAGGCGGCAGGUGGCCAUCCUCACCCAGCUGCUGCUGCUGGAGGAGGGUGAGGGGGGGGGUGCCAAGCGACUGGAGGACUUCCUGGAGCGGGAGUACCAUGUCACCCAGAACUGCUCCACCCUCCUCCGGGAUCCCGCCCUAAUGGGCCGGGUGGGCCGGGUUGUGCUGUAUGGAGAGAAGGAGGGAGUGCUGUUCCGCGGGAUGAGCCUGCAGCACAUUUGCCUGGAGCUGGAUGUGAUGUCAGGAAACUCUGCAGAGUCCUUUUCAGAUUCAGAGGUGGAGGAGGAAAAGGAGGAGGUGAAGGAGAAGGUGGAGGUGAUGAUGGUGAAGAGGAAAGGACCGGGUAGACCCCGCAAAAAGAGAGCACCACCCCCCUCCGUCAGCCCCUCUGUAGCCAGCAGCCAUAAGAAAAGAUGUACCCCACCGAAAUCAGGUAAGCGUGGGGUGCUGAAGCGGCCAUGGUCGGAGGCGGAGCGUGUGGCCGUGGAGACUCACCUGAAAGGGAACCUGGUGGAGCUGCGGGUCCCGGCAAAGGCUGACUGUGAGCGCUGCCUGGAGCUCUGCCCACUGCUGGUCAGCAACCAGCGCGACUGGCGGUCCAUCAAGUUCUACGUCCACAACCGCAUCCAGCUGCUGAAGAAGCAGGGGCGGAGGGAGAGCGCCGCCCUCUGAGAGCCCCCACCUCAUGUACAGACCAGCAGAGGGAGGCGAAGGGGACACAUUAACCCCCUCCCUCGUGUACAGACCAGCAGAGGAAGGGGGAGGAGAGACUGACCCGCACCCUCAUGUACAAACCAGGAGAGAGAGGGGAGGAGACACUAACCCCCACCCUCAUGUACAGACCAGCAGAGGGAGGGGGAGGAGACACUGACCGCCACCCUCAUGUACAGACCAGCAGAGGGAGGACUUCCUGUUGGGGGGGCCUCAGUGAUGGAUCAGCUGUGUGUAACCUGUGAAUAUGAGUCCAGUGAACGCGUCCUACAGAUUUAUUUUUGUCCUCCCGCCGGCUUCACACGGUGCGGGGCGGUGCAGCAGCAGGUGGAGGAGCUCCAACCAAAAAAACAUUUUGGAGCUUCAUCCACCACGUUCAAAACGCAUCAAUCAUCUUACUCGUGCUGCAAGUUUUUAAUAUUGCAUGUGUGUUGACGGUGCAUAUCUGUGGACAGGGCCGACAGUGGCCGACAGGUGCAAAUAAGCUCCAGCGGCCCAAAACAUUUCCAUCAGGAGAAACGCACUGCAGCUUGAGUAACGCUACGAAAACACAAAUGUGCCAGUAAAACUUACAUUUGUGUUUUAAAAUUAGAAUUAUUUCGGAAGCUGCAGCGCGUUUCUCCUAAUUCCAAUGUUUCGAGGUGUUGUUGCGCAUUUGGCAGCCACUGUACCAGGUCAGAUAAAGAUGCGACAAUUAAUAUUAUAUAUAAUAUUAUCAUAUCGUUAUAUUCCAGUGGGGGCAGCGCAGGAUGUUUUUGCGACAUUUCCAGUUCGUUCCAGAGAGAAGUCCAAAUUCUAAUUGAGGAUUUAUUAUUAGGAGACGAUGUUAAAAACAAUGGAGGUCAUUGGUUCAGCUCUCCGUGCAUCAGCCCACACACUGCAUACACUCUGUGUGUGUGUGUGUGUGUUUGUGUGUCCACGUGUAAAUGUUGUUUUUAUAUUGACUGAUGUUGUUUUAUUGCCCACACAGUGUUGUUGGACCAUGAUGCACCUGUGAUGCAUUCUGUAUGGAUGACCGCUGACCUGAGUUCACUGCAUAUCAGAGUUUAAUCUAUAUUUCAGAUGAUUUUACCCAUAGUGUAAAUACUUCAUAUGAAGAGUAUUAGUGACGGCAAAGCAGUGUGUGAUGAUGGUGUACAUACUGUAAAUACUACCUCUACUUAUUAAAGUGUACCACAUUA